UAGCUAAGUUACUACAUAAGAGUGCGGCACAGUACCUUACACAUUAUACUUCCAUAUUUUCUUAAAUAUCUAAUAUUUUCAAAAUUUGGAACGAUUUUCGUGUUUAAAAUGGAAAAUGUUACAUGGAGUAUUGCAUUAUUAAUUUGUACUUUACUGGUUAACAACAAUCCUCUUGCAGAUAAUCACCUUAGAAUAUUUGGUGGAUAUGAGGCUAAGAUAGAGGACCACCCCUGGAUAGUUUCACUUCAAUAUAAUUCUAGCCAUACCUGUGGUGGGUCUCUGUUGAAUGACGAUACGGUUCUUACAGCAGCUCACUGCUUUAGACGCCCACACCAAUGGAGUUUAUAUUCUAUCCUGGCAGGAACUCAUGAUAUAACUCAGCCAGGAACGAAAAUUCAAGUUAAAGAUGUAAAAAUACAUGAAUGGUACAUAUCUUUCUUGUUUAUUAAUGAUAUAGCAAUUAUUAAGUUAGCACAAAAAGUUGAAUUUUCCAAUAAGAUUCAACCAGCACGUUUACCAAAUCAAGAUGACCAAUUACCAGAGGGGGCGCCUAUUUUAGCUGCUGGUUGGGGACUAACCGAGGUAAAUGGGACUGCUGCAUCAGAUGUUCUCAAAGCAGCCAAAAUAGAAGUUCUACCACAUACAACUUGCAAUAUCCUAAAAUUGUUACGCAAAGUAAUAUGUGCUGGAAAUAGAACAAACGGUGUUUAUAUGGGUGAUUCAGGAGGUCCUUUAGAACAUGAUGGUGUAGUUGUAGGUGUUGCAUCGUAUGUAAUUGGUGAGUCAAUGUAUGGAGGAUUUACCAGUGUCGCCGAUUACCGUACAUGGAUAAGCAGAACCACCGGUAUCUAAUUUGCCAACAGUAACAUUUUUUUGAGAAUACAAUCAUGGGACUUGGUUUUUGUUAUGAAAGACUUAUGUAAAUAUUGUUCAUUUCUCAAUAAAUUUUGAUUCAAAUAGAAA